GGACAAUAUGGGAAUAUAUAUCAAGAUUCCUUUAUUCUUUUGCCUCCUACCCUUGACAGCUGGGCAAACCUUGACUGGGUUUCAUUUUAUGGACAACAAUCUGGAGGAAAGGUUUGGCCCUGAUAAUGGCUUUGUUACAACCGUAACAAAUAUUACAGAGCCCAGACAGUUAAGCUUCUGUGUCUGGAGCUAUGCUGAGUUUGACCGUUUCGGAGAUCAGAUCCCAGUUAUAGAGUUCUAUAGGCUAAAUGAAACUGCAAGUCCCUUCAUAUCACUGCUAGUGAAACAAGAUGCAGGAAAAUCUAGGAUUAAUAUCGAUGGUGUCGGAUCUUGGCAUUUUAAGAAAGUUUCUGCCGCAACAGAAAGAAUAUGGAACCGUAUUUGUGUCUCAAUAGACAUGGUUGGAAAUAUUAUUGUGAUGUAUCUCGAUGGAAAAUCAGAUUUUGGAGAAAUAAGGAUGCUUGGCCCGGUUAAAACAAGACUAACAAACAACACCAAACUGCCUGUUGUUGUACGUCUAGGUCAUUAUUAUUUUGACAAUAAGCCUACAAUUGGUAUGAUAGCAGAUGUACAUGUGUGGGACAGAACCCUCAGUGAUACUGAGCUUAAAGACUAUUCCAACUGUAUUCCUGUCAAAGCUUCUGGCAAUAUCAUAAAUGAUUCAACAUUGUGGGAUGUUACAGGAAAUCUUACCAUGAAGAAAGAGUUUAAUCAAUCAGAUGUAGAAUGUUCAGAUCAGAAUAAACGUAGAACAGUUUAUGUUACAAGCACUUUUGCUAACUUUGAGGAUGCAAAUGAAGCAUGUGACAAAUAUGGGAUGAACAGCAUAGCAGAUAAUUUUAAGAGUCUUGAAGCCUUUAAAAGAUACCAAGAAGAAGCAUUGAAAAAUCCAGCUGUAAUAUCUGAAUGCUGGACUGGUGGAAGAUUACUGCAUUGGUUACCAUUCUCUGCAGAUGUUCAAAAUAAGUCAUUGAAACCUGAAGAUUUCAGCCACAUACACACAAAGGAUCCGUUGACCAUAGACCCCUGGAGAUCCUCUCAACCUAAUUCUAAGGAGCCCAAUUGUGUUAAAACAUACCUCAGUUUGGAGUAUGAUGAAAGCUGGUAUGAUUUUCCAUGUGAAAACCCAGAUUUAGAGUGGGCAUCUUGUGUUGCUUGUAAAAUACCACAAACUUUAGAGGCACAAAUUUCCAUUACUUUGAAAGGACUAUGCAAAACCACAAGAUUUGACACAACAUUUCAGGUGAAAAAUGAUGCUGAUUCUGGAUAUAUUUCAUAUAUUGGUGACAAGGCAACUACUAUCAAAUAUGAUGCAAAGAAACGCACAUGGGUGAUGUCCAAUGUAAACAACCCAAACAUUAUUGCAACAUCCACUGCUGCUCUUAAAACUUAUGUUAUGGGUACACACAACUGGACAAUAAGGAAUGAUAUUGAUUGUGAAGAAGAAGAGACUACAUUGUUAACUUUGUCAACAUGUAAAGAUAAUGAGUUUGCUUGCUCUAAUGGACUUUGUAUUGAUAUAACUAAACGAUGCGACUCACAAACCGAUUGUAAAGACAAAAGCGAUGAAUUUGGUUGUCGUAGAAUAAACCCAGAUAGAUCCUAUCAAAAAUUCAUUGCCCCCCCUAAAUAUAAGGAUCAAAUUUCUUCGAAAAUUGUAAUAGAAGUGUCUGCAGACAUCAUGGACAUAUUAGACAUAGAUGAAAAAAACUCAAUAUUUCAGGUUCAAUUCUACCUCCAUUUCUCCUGGUAUGAUGGAAGACUAACAUUCUUUGAUCUACGCAAUGAUUCUGGGCUGAAUGCUUUAUCCCCAUUAGAAAAAGAACUUCUUUGGAUUCCAUCCCUUGUUUUUGAAAACACUGAGGAUAAAAGUACUACCUUAGUAGAUGAUGAAGCUAGUGUAACAAUAGAAAAGCAGGGGGAUUUCUACCUCUCAGGACUUGAUGAGCAUACAAAUAGACAAUAUUACAAGGGAACUGAAAACAAAAUUAUACUCUCUCGAUUUUAUAACACAAGGUUUUUGUGCACUUAUAACUUCCAGUGGUAUCCUUUCGACAUUCAGAAUUGUCAGCUACAACUCACUAUGUUUGGAAAAUCUGGAGACUUUUCCACUUUAGAAGCUAAAAUUCUCAAUUUCUUUGGACAAAGAUCUUCUAAAGAGUUUGUGGUCGAGAGUUAUUUCAUGAGAGUUUCAGAAACCAGAGGAAAAACUGUUUUAAAGAUCAAUGUGAUACUUGGAAGAAACUUAAUGCCUAUUGCAUUAAACACAUAUCUACCAUCCAUGCUCCUUGUCAUAAUCAGUUAUGUGACUGUCUUCUUCAAACCAUUCUUCUUUGAAGCUAUUGUAACUGUGAAUCUAACUACAUUGCUGGUUCUGGUCACUCUGUUUGUCAGCGUUAGCGAUAGCCUGCCUCCGACCUCUUACAUAAAGAUGGUUGACAUUUAUCUUAUCUUUUGUCUUCUGAUUCCAUUUGCUGAAGUCAUACUUAUCACAAUUAUGGACUACCUUAGAAUGAAAUCUGAAAAGGAUUCUAAAACUGAUGAUGAGGCUGGUAGGAUGAUUAAUAAUCAUGGUAACAUGAUAGCAGUAGACGAAGCAUCAUCUCCAGUUCAAGAACAAGUUCCAGAUGAUACUAAUUUUAUGUAUGUUCGAAAGCGCAAACCUGACCCCCACCCUUCAGUUGAGGAGGUUCUGAAUGCUAACAACACCAUCAGACCAGUAGAUCUCAUCAAUAGAAUCGAACAGGUUGAGGUAAAGACCAGGAAGACCUUGUACUCUCAAGCUAGGAAGACGAGCAAUCUAUUGAAAGGAUUUCAGAUCUUUGCUGUUUACGGUAUUCCAACCAUAAUACUGAUGUUCAAUGCUCCAUACAUGAUUAUUGGAGUAACACACAUCUCCAAUGCAAAAAAUGAGGCAAAGAUUGAAGAUUGAAAAGAAAACAUAAUUGUCAUGGAGCUCGUCAUGUAACAACUAACAAGCAAGAUAUCUGAACACAGUAGCUACUAUUACUAUUUGCAAGAUGCACAAAAAUGAUCACUUGUGGACAUUUCAAUCUUACAAAAAAAUUUUAUUUUACCAAUUUAACAUACAUAAAUGUCUAUUUAACUAAUUAUACGAUUCAUAAAUGUCUUCUAACCAAUAAAAUAAGUAGAUGUCAGUUUAACCAAUUAAAAAAAGUAAAUGUCUAUUUAACCAAUUAAAAGAUAAGUGUAUGUCUAUUUAACCAAUUUUAAAAUAAUUAAAUGUCUAUUUGAUCAAUUAUAA